CGUAGCCGCCAUUUCUGUUUCAUCAAGUUGUUCUUCAACCGCACCUGGCUCGACUUUUCUUUUCUUCAAGUGAUAAUAUAGUUUUAAAAUGGUUGACAAAAUUGAUUUAAGUUUAGAUGAUAUAAUCAAUCAGAACAAAUCUCUCAAAAACUGGAGAGGCGGACGAGGAAGGCGAGGAGUCGGUGGAAAUCGUCGAGGCAGAGGCAGCCCCAGAGGUAGGGUGAACAAGCGAUCAAUUGAUAGACCAGUCGGAUCCGGUGGUCGCGGCCUCUUGAAAAGCAGAAGAGGCAGUGCCAGGGGUCUUGGCAGAAGCCCCUACUCGAGGGGAGACGUAAAUAAUCAAUGGAAACACGACUUGUAUGAUGGUGGCAGAAUGGGCAACCGCAACAGAAUAUCUGCUUCAGCCAUCUCUAAUGCAAUGCAGCCUGGCAAAUUGUUGAUUUCAAAUUUAGAUUUUGCUGUCUCGAACGCUGAUAUUGAGGAACUAUUUGCUGAAUAUGGAAAUCUAAAGUCUGCAAAAGUGCAUUAUGAUAAAUCAGGGCGUUCACUUGGAACUGCCGAUAUAGUAUUCGAAAGGAAGGCAGAUGCUGUCAAAGCCAUGAAACAGUACAAUGGAGUUCCUUUGGAUGGUCGCCCAAUGUCCAUUCAGUUAGCAACAUCCGAUCUUUCCUUAGUAUCACCUGUCAGGAGGCCGACUGUCAGCUCAAGGCCAGCAAGCCGAGGCGGUAACAUACAAAGAGGCAGGCCUAAUGUAAGGCGUGGCUCAGCAGGUUUCCGACGUGGAGGAGGGGGAGGUGGUCGAGGUGGUAACAGGAAGAAAGACCCGCCUGCUACUGCUGAGCAACUGGAUGCCGAGUUAGAUGCUUAUGUCAAUAAAAUGGAGGAAUAAAAUGAAUUCAUGAUAGGCACCAAGGCAGGUGUUCAGCAUUUGAUCUGAAAGAUAAAAGUGUGUGCAUUUCAGCUGGACUAGCUCAUUUUUUUCGAUCCUAAGUGGGCUGUGUAAACUUUUUGGAAGAUUAAAUUUUAAGGUUUUGUUUUGUUUCUCUCACCAGAUAUUUUGUACUUUGUGCUUCUCUUAACCCUUUAUUGGGAACCACGUUUCUUAUAAAACAAGGUUUUAUAGUACUUAGAGUGAGCUACUCACGAAGCUUAAGUUUUGUACAUUUGAAGUAAUAUUUUCAUGACUGAAUAUUUUUGUAAUCAGUCUUGUUAUCUUCUAAUUGUGUUUCAUUAGACUAACGUGCAAAUUUUUUUGUUCCUUUUCCAUCGCAUUAGUCUGGCCAUUAACAUUGCUAAAUUCUUCUUUUUGUGGAAGAGCUUUUUUUUUUUUUAAUGUAUAAAUUUCCAGUCGAUUCUGUUUUUCCAAUCAAAGAAUACGCAGAGGAAUUAUAACUGCGCAGUAUAGAUAAUUAGUGAAGACUUUCGAAACAAAGAUGCGUUGUUAUUCAAAUUUUGAAGUAAAUUGGUCUCCCUCCGCUAACUCGACUGAUUUCUUUUUCACUUUAUUAUUGACACCGAACAGACAACAUUGAAGAAACAGAAGAGCCAAAUAAAGAAAGUAUUUUUUAUCAUUUUUUCUCAAGUUAUAUUGAUGUUGAGAAAAUAAUUUUCUCCCAUAAAACCAAAUUCACCGAACAAACAGUAAGGGGACUGGUCUAAGCAUACAUUGAAAAAUUACCCUACUAAAGAAGUAACUGUCGAAGCAGAAGUAACUAUUCCACAUUGUCUCCAACAACAUGCAAACAGAGGUUUACGGAUACAUGAAAUUAAUGCUGUAGAAAUUUCUCUAAGUAUGAAAAAUCCAACUGGUCGAGUGUUAAUAUGUAUCUGUUUUUCCAUCUUCAAUAUGACUUGACAAGAAAAACACCAAGGCAAAGAUACUUCUUUUUACUUGUCUUCUUGCAUAUCAGCCUCAUCUAUUUUCCUCUCCUGCAAUCAAAAACAAGUUGCCACUUUUUACCACACUUUUAAUGAAGACUGCUUGUAAGCCUCCUCAGGGCAGCCACCAAAUGAGCGUAGCGAGCUCAAUUCUCAUUUUAUACGUGAAGCUGAGUCAUCAAUAAUAUUGUAAAAAUGUUUUUUGUAAAUACUAUUUAAAACUCUAAACUGUUUCCAUUUUUAUGCAAAGUUGACUCAAAGGCUCAGAUUUUCUAUUUUAUUGAGUGUCGUUAGAUUCUGAGGCAAUCAACAGUUUCUAAUGUAGCUGUUUUUUUCUCAGUGGAAUCAAAGUUUUUCACUCCCAACACUUCUUUGUAAUUAUAUAUGUGAAUUAAAAGUUCUUUUAAAUACAAACAUCUGUCAGUACGUA